AGUAGGGGGUGGGGGGAGGAGGGGGCAGGGGGGCCUUCUCUCCAUCACCCAGAGCAGUGAAGACACUGAGGCAGCCCUCUCCCACCUCUGUCUGUCUGGAUGCUUGGAAAAACCCCAGCUGGAGCGGGCGCCGGCUCGGGGGCCGGGAGGGGUCCGCAGGAGGAGGGCGGCCAAGGGGCCGGGAGUCGGGAGCGCGGCUGCUUCCAAGCCCAGUCCCCUCGCCCUCCCAGAGAAGAACGGCCCCGGGUUGCUCCGGCAGCGGCAACAGAGGCGGAGGCUCUUGCACCCCGGGCCCGGGCGGGGGCGGUCGCCGGAGCAGCCCUCCCUCUAGGAACCUCCUCUGUCCUCACCAUCUUCGAGUCCCCUCAGUCUCUGAUGCUCCCUCUGAAUCUCUCCCUUGCUGACCUCGACAAGUUUCCAGCUCUGCCUGUUCCUGAGGCCCCGGGGCAGCUCUUACUUACCUCGCUCCUGGAUCUCCUCUGUCCCAAAGGUCCGGGGAAGGCUGAGUCAGCCUUGGCAGAGGCUUCUGCCCUGGUGAGGACCCUGGCCCUGGAGAACCCCCCCUUCAGAUACCCCCUUCUCCAUGGAGUCCUCAGACCCUGAUGGACCCCAGGCCCCCCGACCAGCACUGGGCAGAGACAGCGUGCAAGUGCCGGAUGACCAUGACUUCCAGAACUUCAGAGCUGAGUGUGAGGCUGAAGCAGGCUGGAACCUGACCUACAGCAAGGGCGGCCUGGGGGUGUGGGUGCAGGCUGUGGAGCUAGACCGGCCCCUUCACAAGAUCAAGUGCCGGAUGGAGUGCCGAGACGUGCCAGCUGAGACAGUCUAUGAUGUACUACAUGACAUUGAGUACCGGAAGAAGUGGGACAGCAAUGUGAUUGAGACCUUCGACAUUGCCCGCCUGACUGUGAAUGCCGAUGUGGGCUACUACUCCUGGAGAUGUCCAAAACCCCUGAAGAACCGUGACGUUAUCACCCUCCGAUCCUGGCUGCCCAUGGGAGCCGAUUACAUCAUCAUGAACUACUCGGUCAAGCACCCAAAAUACCCACCCCGAAAAGAUCUGGUCCGAGCGGUGUCCAUCCAGACGGGCUACCUCAUCCAGAGCACGGGCCCCAAGAACUCUGUCAUCACCUACCUGGCCCAGGUAGACCCCAAAGGUUCCUUACCCAAGUGGGUAGUGAAUAAAUCAUCUCAGUUCUUGGCUCCCAAGGCAAUGAAGAAGAUGUACAAGGCAUGCAUGAAAUAUCCAGAAUGGAAACAGAAGCAUCAGCCUCACUUCAAGCCAUGGCUGCAUCCAGAGCAGAGCCCCCUGCCCAGCGUGGCGCUGUCAGAGCUCUCUGUCCAGCACGCUGACUCCCUGGAGAACAUCGAUGAAAGCACUGUGGCCGAGAGCCGGGACGAGCGGGGGGCAGGAGGGGAAGGCAGUGAUGACGACUCCUCUCUUAACUGAGGGACCCCUCAGAAUGCUGGGGAACCCCAGGCCAGGCUUUCCCUGCCCUGCUAGACGGGAGGGGAGGAGGAGAGGGCUGGGACCUAGACCGAGCUACUUUAUGUCCUCCUCCUUCCCCUGAGAAGGGGAUAGGGCAUCUGGCGAGUUGUCCCCCUGCCUUGGGUGGUGAUGACAACCCCUGGGGGGUACCUCCCUCCCCCAACCCAGGCUGGUCCCUUUCUCCCAGGGCAGGGGUGAGAAAUGGGAGGUGGGGCAGAUUUUGUAUAGAAAUAGCCCCCAAUAAACUGAUACAACAGCCACA